GCUCACUACUACAAGAUGUAAUCUGAAGAUAUAAAAUGAGCUAUCUGAUCCUUGCAGCAUCAUGGAUCACUAUUGUUCUGUCAUAUGAUGAGGAAUAUAAAGCCUGUGAAUCGACCAUCAGGAACAUUGAAGGAGAUGUGGAAACUUACUACUGUGAGGUUAACAAGGAAUGUUGCGCCACACUAGAAGAACCAAAUAAGUGUUGUUUACCAGACCUUGAUAAGGGAAUAAUACCAGUCACUGAACCAGUUGAAUGUACAGAUAAUUAUUGUCCUGGUGGAAUAAAAAUUCCCAUUCUAAAUGUUACUUUAAGUUUGAAGAUGUUACUGUUAUAUCUGCUACUAGGGAUAAUAGUGCUAUUAGUUGUUAUACUUAUAGUUUACUGUUGUGUAAGAACAAUAAGAAGAAGGAGACGUGGAAGUUUACAACUUCAAGUUUCUUCAGACAAAGUUGAGUUGGACCAAGCAGUGGGCUCGCUCGACAGAUACAGAGGUCACUACAACCAACAACCAUCACGAAGAUUCGAUAAUUAUGGCGACGAGGUUCUCGAACCGGGAGUCCUAAUUAUGGAAGAAGGGUCGCACGUUUAUCUCCUACCUGUGUAUACUGCCUCCGUACGAUCAGAAACCGCCGCCGGAGUACCAGUACCACGGACCAAGGACCGCACAUCCAAGCGCACCGCCUCCCCAUGACAUGUGACACACCACUAAGUGUGAUCUGGUAUGAUAAAAUUUACGAGGUUAAUAGCGAUCAGGGUUUGUGUGAUAUAAGUGUGAGCAGUGAUCAUUGUACGCUCCAGUGUAAUGCGGUUAGAACUGAUAAACAGUCAACCGGUUGUUGUAUGAACGGGUUGAAAUUAACACUGUAUUUGAGUUUAUUUUGCGUAAUCCGGGACGUUAUGGAUAAGUCAGAACUUUUGAAAAUGCAACUAGAAUUGCAGGAAAGGACCCGCUUGUCAUUUGUUGUGUAUAUGACGUGGCUAUUUAUGUUUGCUACUGCUAUUUGUAAAAAUUAUUGGUUAAAAGUUUAUUUGAUUUUGUGGGAGGAGUAUAACAGUUUAAUAUUAAUUUGAUUAAUAACUGUUGAAACUUUAUUUCUUACAUGACAGUAAAAACUUUAAAAAAAUGUCUCCUACUCUGUGGUAUUGAGUAAAGGAUAUUUCUGUUCAGAAAAUUGUGUUCUUCUCAAAAAUUCCUUCCAACCAAAAAUUCGAUGCAUUUAGAUUUUAAUUUCCGAGAUGAAAUAAUGCGAUUAAGUCGAAAAAAGAUAUGACUACUGGUAAUAUUGUCUUAGUUUUAUUAAAACUUUGCAACAAAAUCUGUCUUGUUGUGCAUGAAGUCUGCAAAAAGUAACGAUUUAAAAGAACAUGCAGAGUGGGAAUUUUAAAACAUUUCAAUAAUCAAUAAACUGUUUAAUUUCUUGUAACCAUUAUUAUUUAUUAUAUAUUUUAACUCAACUUUUAAGUUCGCUUCGCAAUGCAAUGUAAAACAGACUGUUUUAUUGAUGAAGGAGUAGCAAGUAACUCUAAUGUGUGCAAUACAUUCUAGUUGUUGCUGAUUUGCCCAAAUAUACCAUUCUUACCAGUCUUUUAAAAUAGGAGAGAUAUUUAAAAGUUUUUUUGUGUUACAAAUCUUUCUCUACAGUCGAAAAUUGCCAAUACGGGCCUGCAACUUGCCGGUUUGAACUGACUUAUUUUAUCUAAGUUAUUGUGCUGAUAUUAGGUGGAGACAAAUUAUUAGCAUUUCCUUUUAUUUUUAAAGAAGGUACGAUAU